AUGAAAUCCAGCGACGCAGUAGCUGCGACUCUUUAUGGGCUAGGAAACACAGCCGAAGCGCCCUUCGAUGGGCUUCUGACCUCGAAACUGCUCGAAUGGGGCUACAACGACAACACACCAGCGAUGCAGAAUCUCUAUGACUCCGACUGCAACAUGGCGAGCGCAUCCGGCCACACGCUGUCCAGAUCCUUCCUCGACUCAGGUCUCGACACCCAACCAAAGUCCCAGGGCGGCCCAAACGAAUGCUUCCACAUCGAGCAUUUCGACAGCCCUGCCGUGACAAGAGAAUUGAAUGGUUUGUUGCCGCCCAAGAGCAAGCAGGUAAACACUGUUUGCAGUACCCCACACCGCGUCACAGGCGCAGAGCACACAAUUGGCAUCAACGCAGCCGGCGGCGCCAUCUUCGCGCUGAACCUCGCCCGCGCAGCGAGCACGGCACGGCGACUGUGGGGGCUCCCACCGACACCCGAACAGCUCCCACACAUCCGCUCCGUAUCGGAUAGAACCUGGGCGUUCUACAACCGCGCCGUGGACGCGACACCGGGUGCGCACGUCAAGGAUAUCAAGUACCUCUUCGUCACCGUGAUCAUCAACACCGGGACGAAUCGACGACAUGUUCGCCGCCCGCUGCAGAUGCUGGACUUCCCCGCGCGAAGAGCCGGGACUCUGGCCUGGACACGAGUUCGGCAUGGAGAGCGAGGCCGGGAAGGCGCUGUUGGGGAGUCCUGUGGGCAGGUAGGCUGGGUAUUUUUUGAUGCAGCACAAGCGUCAACUUGGGGGGGGGGUUGA